AUGGCUAGUUCUCAGGGCCAGCAUCAGUUUGGUCACUUUGAUUUAGAAAUGGAGUUUGAUGAAUUCUCUUUUAAUGAAGAAGAUUUCGACUUUGCGACAAUCGAUUUUGAACAUUUAGAUAUGUUGUGUAGUAGUAAACUUGAAAAUAUCACAGAAAACCUUAGUAUUCCUGCAUUAUCUGAUCUCCCCAAACCUGAGACUCCUGCAACCCCUCUCAACAUGCUCAAGCCCAAUAGAUUCAAAGAAACUACAGAUGAAGAAGUGAACAAAAUUUUUGAAGCUCGCCAAACUGCAGGAACCAAGAAAAACACUAACUGGGCGUGUAAAAUGUUUCAAGACUGGGGCAUUGAGAGAAGAGGGGAACCUGUAGAUUUACAAACAAUCUCACCAAAUCAACUCAAUAGUCUCCUCGAGAAAUUCUACUGUGAGGCAAGGCCCUUAAAAAAUGGGGAACUUUAUCAUAAAAAUACUUUGAAAAACUUAAGAGGAGCUAUAAACCGAAAACUGGCAGACCUAAAGAGAAACAUAGACAUUGUUAAAGACAAAGAUUUUAAAACAUCUAAUGGAGUUCUACAUGGUUUGUUGAAAGAGCGUGUUAGGGAGUGCACCUCAAAAUCUACACAGCACAAGGAUCUCAUUGAAAAAUGUGAUAUGGAGAAAAUAAUUACUUACUUCAAGGAUGCGCAGCUUAACCUCAUCAUUCUCCGACAAUGUGUUUACUUCCAUAUUGCAAUCCACUUCAUUUCUAGGUGCCAAGAAUUUCAUCACCAACUGAAAUUGGAUUCAUUCUCUUUUCAUACUGAUGAAACAGGUACAUAUGUUACACUUAACCAUGAAAUACAACAAAAAAAUCACCAAGGUGGUUUGGGAAAUGUGGAAAUGAACACUGAUAAACGAAUGUAUGCUACAAAUGCAGAUUCUUGCCCUGUAAAAAUGCUUCAACUACUAAUUGAAAAAACGGAUGAAUCUGCCUCGUCUCUGUUCAACAAAUACAAGUCAGAGUCAGUUUCUCUACCAAGAAGUACAACAAAAUGGUACAUGGAUGCCCCCCUUUCCAAACGAACAUUUUCAAACUUUAUGAAAGAUAUCAGCAAGGCGGCUUGCCUUUCACGUAUAUAUAAAGGACAUUGUUUAAGGGCGACUGCCAUCCAACAUCUCAAUGAUGAAGGCUACGAAGCUAGACACAUAAUGUAUAUGUCAGACCACAAAAAUGAAGGUUCCUUAAGAUCUUAUAACAGAAAAAUUUCAUCGACACAGAAAAAAAAUCUUAGCUGCACUUUGUCAAAAAUAAUGAACCCUACAACAAAUGAACAUGAUGAACAAAUCGGUACCUCAAAAUUAGAAUUUCCUCUGCCACUUGCAAAUGAUGGAACUAUGGUACCUGCUUCAACAACCUCUCUAACCGGUCUCUCAUCACAAUCUGUUCACAACCUUGCUUUGAAUAGCAAAUCUUCGACCCGCACCUCUGCACUUGUUCAGAAUUCGUCCUUCAUGAAUUGUGAGAUCCAUUUCCAUCACCACCAUGACCACGCUGUACAGGAGCCAAAUAACACAACCUAA